GACGGUAUCCGCUGUCUCGGUGUCCAUAAGGUAAGGAUGGCGGGCUGGUCACCGUGCGGAGAGCCCGUGCCGUUCACACGUUUGCUCCUCGGAAGAGUCGCCGACAAUACGGCUCCAGGGAAAACGCAGAGCCACGGAUUCGGCGAGACGGCGGAGGCAGGGGACCGAGCAGGCGGAGGCGAGCCCGUCGCUGCUGGGGGAGAUGGCAGCAGUGCCGGCGAGGAGCGGUCCUCCCGGGGAGAGACAGGACAGCGGGAGGAGGAUGGGGACGUGCGGGCGGCCGCGGCGUGGGCAGAGCUCUGCUUCCCUGUGCCGGCGAACCGGAGAGGAGCGGCUGGGUUUGUGCAUGGACUUAGCGAUUUCAUCCCCUCCCAGACAGUAAUUCAGAUACACCCGACCUUUCGAGCCACUGCCAAUGUACGAGGUGGAAUAGGAAGGAAGGAAGUAGGGAGGGAGAGAGAGAGGGAGGGAGGGAGCACAGAGGCAGCAUCCUUUGUCAGCGUCCCCCAGCUUCCUAUCCCUGGGGCCCACUGCAUCCUUCCCCCCUCCGGGCUAUGGCCGUGCCUGGUACUCUUCCGAGCCCUGUGUGUUGGGAGAGGCGAGGAGGGGGCUGGGAGGCCAGGUGUACAGAAAUUACGGGCGGAAAGGGAAGGGUGAUCUUGCUUCUUCUGAGAGUAUGGGGGAAAUGCUGUGAGCCUCACUGAGUGAAUGCCUGCAGCUGAUGGGCCCUAGCCUGGAUCUCACCCAGCCGGAGGACCAAGCCAGCAAAUGGAUGUGCUAUGAGUUAGGAGCCACUUCCAGAGAGAGAGGCUGGCACCCCGUGAUAACAGUAAGUUGAUGAUAUAGAUGAUGCAAUGAGGUCUUUCAGUCCUUUUAAAUUUUAUUUAAGGAGCUGUUACAGGUUAUG